AUGCAUGUUUGUGCAUCUGUCAGUCCGUGUGUCCUUGUUUUUGCCCAUGUGGCUUUCAGUGCUUACCUCUGGCAACACAUAGGAAAGCCUGCCCUGAAUUUCCAGCCCGCUGCCAUGGUGGAUGGCUCCUUCAAGGAGAUGAAGCUUUCUGACUACAGAUGGAAAUACUUGGUCCUCUUUGUCUACCUGCUGGACUUCACCCUGGGACCCACAGUGAUCAUUGCUUUCAGUGAACAUGCUGAGGAUUUACGCAGGCUGGACUGUGAGGUGUUGGGGGUCUCUGUCGACUCUCAGUUCAUUCCCCUGGUGGGGAUCAACAAGCCUAGGAAAGGAGGCAGCUUGCCUCACCCCCCCAACAUCCCUCUGCUGGCAGGUGUAACCAGAAGCUUGUCCCAAGAUUAUGGUGUGCUGAAGGAAGAUUUAGGCAUUGCAUACAGGGGCCUCUUUAUCACUGAUGGCAGCAGUGUCCUUCGCCAGAUCACUGUCAAUGAUUUGCCUGUGGGGAGCUCAGUGGAGGAAGCUCUGCACCUGGUCCAGGUCUUCCAGUACAGGAAUGAGAGUGGGGAAGAAAUUUGUCCUGCCAGCUGGAAGUCAGGCAGUGACACAAUCAAGCCCAACGUAUACAACAGCAAGGGAUACUUCUCCAAACACAGCAAGGGUGGCACACAAAUGGAAAGCUUGGGAUGUUGGCCUGCACCUGUGCCUCUGCCUGGAUACCCCAUGCCAACUCAGGAAAGCUGCACAGGAGAAGGGCUGAGGGCUGUGGCCACUGCUCAAGGACCCCUCAGAGGGACCCUAGCUCUCCCUUGGGUCAGCGCUGAUCAGGGUGUUGCCCUUGGCCACAGCAAUGUCAUAGAGUUUCUUCACAGCCUGAUGGAACCAGUGCUUGUCGGUGUUGACAUCCACAGUGUAUUGACAACACAGUGUGUUGUUGUCUUCUAUCUUCUUCAGAGUGACUCAGUGGUCAGGAAGAAUUUGACAAUGAGAUAG